UCAUUUUCCCUGCUUGUCAAACCCAGUUUCAAGACGGAAAAGAUAUAUAAUACUACUGAUUUUUCUUCUCUUGAGUUUCAUCUAUGGAUACUGCUCAAUGGCCACUGGAGAUUGUGGUGAAACCAAUACAAGAGAUGGUGACGAAUACAUGUCCAAAACCAGCAGCUUUAGAGAGGAAAAUAAGGCCUCAAAAGGAACAAGCUUUGAACUGUCCAAGGUGCAACUCGACCAACACCAAAUUCUGCUAUUACAACAACUACAGUCUCACUCAACCUAGGUACUUUUGCAAGACUUGUAGAAGGUACUGGACUGAAGGUGGUUCCCUCAGAAACAUCCCCGUUGGAGGUGGUUCAAGAAAGAACAAAAGAUCUUCUUCUUCUUCUUCUUUAUCGUCAUCCAAAAAGCUUCCUGGUCUGGUAACACCACCAAGCUUGUCGCAGUGUUCUACACAAAACCCUAAGAUCCAUGAUGUGCAAGAUCUCAACCUAGCUUUCUCCGCAGCAGCAGCUAGUCAAGGUUAUAGGAGUAUCUCUGAAUUGGUUCAAGUUCCAAAUAGCUUAGAAAACAAUAAUAAGAACCAGAUUCCUACUUCUUCCUCUUCCUCCCCUACUACAUCUACAUCUCAACUCUCGGCUUUGGAGUUGCUAACUGGAGUCUCUUCCAGGGGGUUGAAUUCUUUCAUUCCCAUGCCGGUUCCAGAUCCGAAUUCAGUUUAUACAUCUGGUUUUACCAUGCAAGACUUUAAACCAACGCUAAAUUUCUCCCUGGAUGGGCUUCAAAGUGGCUAUGGGGGUCUACAAGGGGUUCAACAGACAACCGGGAGGCUUUUGUUUCCAUUCGAAGAUCUAAAGCAAGUCUCGAGCACUACUGAUAUCGAGCAACAUAAAGAGCAAGGUGAUUCAGCUGGUUAUUGGGCUGGAAUGUUAGGUGGAGGAUCAUGGUAAAGAAGAUGAAAAUUAAUAUGGGUCUUUUUUUAUUU